CUUAAUGUACAAUGGAUCUUGUCGACAAUGACACUUUCCUCACAAAAUUAUCUGACCUAUUCGCCCAUACAACACGAAAGGGUUCAGUCUGGCUUACCCACAAACGAUACGUACACGAGGGAGAGGAUAUUAAGAUGAAUGGAGGGGGAGAAGAGGAUGGUAUGGAGUUUUCUGUGCUGCUGAGGGCGACGGAUGGACACACAAAGUUCUCAACACGAAUAUCCCCAAAUGACUUAGAAAAAUAUCAUUCCGCAUAUGGAACUUUGCUGAAGAAGUCGAUGUCAACGCUGCGUAAACGAGAUCGCAAGCGCGAGAAGCUACGAGCCGACUUGCAAGCUCAGCGGGAGAAGAGACUGAUGGAAGACAUCAAGGUGGACGGACCAAAGCGGGGUAACGGUAGGAGGAAACGGCAACGACAGGUCAAGGCACUACGGAAGCAGCAGGAGCAAAGAGAGGUGAUCCAGAGAGCGAUGGAGGCAUCCCGACAACGACAAGCAGCAGCGGAACACCCAGCAGAAGAGACCUCAUAG